UAUUUUUCUCAAAAAUAAUAAAGAAAAUUAGAGCAUAUGCUUGAUCUUCUUUUUGCCUUUAACUCCAAGAAAGUGACUUUAUGUGUGUCUUGAUGACCCAUACAUGACUCAUCCUUUACAACAAAGGUCUAGAGUCUCAACGAUUCAUAGCUUUGUUUUAACUGCCCCUUGUCUCUUUGUCUUUCCCUUUAAAUAACCAUCCCACCACACAGUUUCAUCAUCACCAUCACCCUCAAUCUCUCUCUCUCUCAAGAUCAAGAUUCAAGAUCAUUACGCAGUCUUCCAAGAUCAUGAAAAUGAGCAGAGUCCACCAACAAGUUCUUGCAUUCCCAGCAGUCAAGACUUCUCCGGCAGGUUACUUGCCUGAUCCAGCUUCCAUCAACAACCUCCAAAUCCCACCUCCUUCCAAGAAAUCUGAACAAAGCAAGAAAAAAUCGAUUCUCCGAACCAAUAGCUUCACGAGCGGAGCUAGAGAUCAGAACAAGUUAGCGCCAAAGCUGACCGAAACAGUCAAGAGAAAGCUAUCCUUAGGAGCUAAGAUCAUUCAAAUGGGAGGCUUAGAGAAGAUUUACAAGAGGCGCUUUAGAGUCUACGAUGAAGAGAAACUCUUCAAAGCCUACCAAUGUUACCUGUCAACAACCGCAGGUCCCAUCGCAGGCUUACUUUUCAUCUCAUCAAAGAAGAUUGCUUUCUGCAGUGAGAGAUCUAUCAAAGUGGCUUCACCUCAGGGAGAUCUCACUAGGGUUCACUACAAAGUGUCAAUCCCCUUGUGCAAAAUCAAGGGAGUGAACCAGAGUAUGAACACAAAGAAACCAUCUCACAAGUACAUUGAAGUAGUCACGGUCGAUGACUUUGACUUCUGGUUCAUGGGCUUCAUGAACUAUCAGAAAGCAUUCAACUGUCUCGAGCAAGCACUUUCUCUCGAGCAAUAACAAGCCGAAGGUUGAAGAGGAAAUAUUUCAUUUCUAAUUUAACCUAUUUUUCAAUCCAAGAAUGUUAGGAGCAAGCCUAGAAAAUUCAGACAAUAUUGUACAAACUCUUUUUUUUUUAAAUUAAAACUUUAAUGUUAUUGUUAUCCAUUGUUGACAAGAGCAUGAAACUGAAUAUAUUUACAGACAUCA